AUGCCUUUUUUUCUUCAAGUAAUUCUUGAUACUAUUCCAACAAUUAAUCAAAUAAAAGAUAUACGUGUUGAACAUCCAAGUUUAUUACUUUAUUCAAGAGAAGUUACCUAUAAAGGAUUUUUACUAAAAGAUUAUCAACAUAAAUUCAAGUCAAUUGUCACGUGUUCCAUUUAUCUAACUAGAAACCUUUAUCUAGUUUCUAAUAUUCCUACUAUUUUUUUCAAUCUUCAUCGUAUUGCCAUUGAAGAAUUUUAUUGGAGAGAAGAUAUUAUUGAAUUUUUACAAAAUAAUAUACCAAAUCUUCAAUCAUUAUAUAUUCGUACUUAUUCAUCUAUAUUAUAUCAACAAUCGAUAUCAAAAUAUGUUUUAAAAAAUGUUUUUAAACUUGAUAUGAAUAUAAAUAUUCAUUCAAUUAAUGUCAAAUGUCUUGGACAUAUGUUUCCUUCUUUACAACGAUUGAGUAUUCAAUGGGAUACUUUUCGACAAUAUCCAUCGAUUGAUGGUUUUCAAUGUAAACAAUUUAUAAAUACAUUUUAUCAAAAUAAAUAUUGGAUAUCAAAACAACUCAUUCCAACUGUUUGGAAACCUCAGUAUAAUUCUCAUCCAAUAUUAAAAGUUUUAUUUUAA